AUGAGAUACUCUCUCGUAGCGUGGGUUUCCCUGCUAUCUGGAUGCGCUAUUGCUGCUGUUCCAAACGGCUCCAAGUUCUUCUACGCGAAUAAUGGAAGCGAGUUUUACAUUCGAGGUGUAGCAUACCAAGAGGACUACAGCGGCGGAGGAGCCGGGGGAACAGGCCAGUCCGAUGCCAACUAUGUCGACCCCCUGGCCGACGGCUCCAAAUGCGAGCGCGAUAUCCCCUAUCUCCUGCAGCUGCGGACCAACGUGAUCCGGACGUAUGCCGUCAACCCGUCCUUAAACCAUGAUGCGUGCAUGCAGAAGUUGUCUGAUGCCGGGAUCUAUGUCAUCACGGAUCUGGCGUCACCGGACGAAUCUAUCACGUCCAACUCUCCCGUCUGGACAGUCGACCAAUACGCCCGCUACACCAGCGUCAUCGACGCAUUCCAAAAGUACGAUAACGUGAUUGGCUUUUUCGCCGGCAAUGAGGUGGUGAACCAGGCGAAUCAGUCCGCCGGCGCUGCAUUCGUCAAGGCUGCCGCGCGAGACAUGAAAGCCUACAUCAAGACCAAGGGAUACCGGCAGUCGCUGGCAAUCGGAUACGCCACCACCGACAACCCGGAGAUCCGGCUUCCGCUGUCCGACUACCUCAACUGCGGCGACCAGGCCGACGCGGUCGACUUCUUCGGCUACAACAUCUACGAAUGGUGCGGCGAUCAGACCUUCCAGACCUCGGGCUACGAGAACCGCACCGACGAGUACAAGGACUACUCCAUCCCCAUUUUCUUCUCCGAAUACGGCUGCAACACAGAGAAACCGCGCAAGUUCGCCGACGUGCCCGUGCUCUUCGGCCCGCAGAUGGACAAUGUCUGGAGUGGCGGCAUCGUCUACAUGUACUUUGAGACAACCAACGACUACGGCCUGGUCUCCGUGUCCGGCUCCUCCGUCACCCCGGAACCAGACUUCGCCUACCUCUCGUCCGAGAUGCAAAGCGCCACGCCCACCGGGGUCAACAGCGCCAGCUACUCGCCGACCAACUCGCCGCGCGCCUGCCCCACCGUCGACGACACCUGGCUCGCCAAAUCCAGCCCCUGCCCCCGCCUGUCCUGCGUAGUGAAGGACUCCGUCGACGCCGACAAGUACGGCAAGCUCUUCGGGCAGGUCUGCGGCUACGGCAGUGGGAUCUGCGACGGGAUCGCGCAUAACGCCACGACGGGCUCCUAUGGCGCCUACAGCGUCUGCACGAGCAAGGACCAGCUGUCGUAUGUGUUUGAUCGGUACUACAAGAGCCAGAAGAAGGCUGCCUCCGCGUGUGACUUUGCCGGCGCGGCGUCGGUGCAGUCGCCCAAGGGCGAGUCGGCGGACUGUAAGUCGCUGGUUAGCCAGGCGGGUUCCGCGGGCACGGGAACGGUCACGUCCCAGCCGACGGGGGGCAGCGGUACUACCGGUGGUAGUGGCAGCGCGGCCAGUACGUCCACGUCCAAAGGUGCGGCUGCGGGUGCUGUGAGUCCUGCUGCGGUCCGGGUGGGCGGAUGGCCGUUUGUUGUGUAUGGGGUUGUUGCUGCCAUGGCUGGUGUUUUGAUGAUUUCUCUUUAG